GGAUUUCAAUAUAAAUAUAUCAAUAGUAUUAAAAUGUGGUCAAUCUUUUAGAUGGAUGCAUAAUUCAACAACAAACGAAUUCAGUCUAGCUUUAAACGAUCGUACUAUCAUACUUAAACAAGAUAAUGUUAAAGAGUUAGAUUUUAGGAGUAUACCAUCAAAUUUUGACUCUGAUAAGUCCUUCAUACACGAUUACUUUCAAUUAGAUACGCGUAUUAUUGAUUUAUACGAUGAUUGGAGCGCACGCGAUCGUCAUUUCAAAUCUAUAAAGGAUACAAAUAAGUUUGAUGGUAUACUCAUCCUUCGUCAGGAUCCUUGGGAAUGUCUCAUUAGCUUUAUAUGUUCAUCAAACAACAAUAUAGCACGGAUAUCGCAAAUGAUUACUAAACUUUCAACAACCUUUUCAGAACCUCUUGGUGAUUUAGAUGAAAUAUACAGUCGAUACCCAUUCCCACCACCUUCAAAACUCGCAGGUGAAGAUGUAGAAGAUACACUACGUACUUUAGGAUUUGGUUAUAGAGCCAAAUAUGUUGCUAAUGUUGCUAAAAUGCUAGUUGAAGAGCAUGGUUCGGAUGAAAAUAUUUUCACUUACCUUCAUUCACUUAGGAAAGAAUCUUACGAGAAUGUCAUACCACAACUUACACGAAUGAUGGGUGUUGGUCCUAAAGUUGCAGAUUGUGUAGCUUUGAUGUCACUCGAUCAACAUAGUAGUAUUCCAGUUGAUACCCAUGUCUGGCAAAUAGCCGUACGCGAUUAUGGAUUCCUCAAGAGUCCUUAUGUUAAAUCAUGUAAAGGGAAGGUUUCGCAGAGUUCAGCUAUGUCUCCGUCUAUCUAUGCAGCUGUCGGUAAAAUGUUCAGAGAUCUUUGGGGUCCUUACGCCGGUUGGGCACAUACAGUUCUAUUUGCUGCUGAUUUGAAAGCUUUUAAGGAGGAGUCACCGUCAGUCAAGGAUGAAAAUGAUGUGGUUCCAGGUGUCGUCACGUCCGUUGUCAGUCCUGAAAAGAAGACUAACGUUCGCCCAAAACGAGUAGUUGAUAGCGUGAAAAAAGAGCCAUCUAAAGCGUCAGAAAAGAACCUUCCAAACGGAUAGCUAAGAGUACC